CUCAACUUCCUGCCCCACCAGAGGAAGUGGGGAGAGACAGCAGGUGCAGCGACAGCUAUCGGGGCCAUGGACAAGGAGUAUGUGGGUUUCGCCACCCUCCCCAACCAGCUGCAUCGCAAGUCCGUCAAGAAGGGGUUUGACUUCACACUCAUGGUGGCAGGGGAGUCAGGCCUGGGAAAAUCUACCCUCAUCAACAGCCUAUUUCUCACCAACCUCUAUGAGGAUCGGCAAGUCCCAGAGGCCAGGGCUCGCUUGACACAAACACUGACCAUCGAGUGCCGGGGCGUGGAGAUCGAGGAAGGGGGUAUUAAGGUGAAGCUGACCCUGGUGGACACACCUGGCUUCGGGGACUCAGUGGACUGUUCAGACUGCUGGCUGCCCGUGGUGCGCUUCAUUGAGCAGCAAUUUGAGCAGUAUCUUCGGGAUGAGAGUGGCCUGAACAGGAAGAACAUCCAGGAUUCCCGUGUCCACUGCUGCCUCUACUUCAUCUCACCCUUUGGCCGGGGGCUCCGGCCCCUAGAUGUGGCCUUCCUCCGGGCGGUGCAUGAGAAGGUCAACAUCAUCCCAGUCAUUGGCAAAGCAGAUGCCCUGAUGCCUAAGGAAACACAGGCCCUCAAGCAGAAGAUCCGGGAACAGUUGCAGGAGGAGGAGAUCAAUAUCUACCAGUUCCCCGAUUGUGACUCUGAUGAGGAUGAAGACUUCAAGAGGCAGGAUGCGGAGAUGAAGGAAAGCAUCCCUUUUGCCGUCGUCGGUUCCUGCGAAGUAGUGAGGGACGGCGGGACCCGACCGGUGAGGGGACGCUGCUACUCCUGGGGCACCGUGGAGGUGGAGAACCCACAUCACUGCGAUUUCCUGAACCUGCGACGGAUGCUAGUGCAGACACACCUGCAGGACCUGAAGGAGGUGACGCAUGAUCUGCUCUACGAGGGCUACCGGGCGCGCUGCCUACAAAGCCUGGCCCGGCCUGGGGCACGUGAUCGAGCCAGCCGUAGCAAGCUCUCCCGCCAGAGCGCCACAGAGAUCCCGCUGCCCAUGCUGCCUCUGGCUGACACGGAGAAGUUGAUCCGCGAGAAAGACGAAGAGCUGCGCCGCAUGCAAGAGAUGCUGGAGAAGAUGCAGGCCCAGAUGCAGCAGAGCCAGGCUCAGGGCGAGCAGUCGGACGCUCUCUGAGACCCCCGCCCGGACCCUACUUUACCUCGCCUCCGCCUGCAGUUCGUCUCUUGUCCAAUCCUCGAGCCCCAGGCUGCCCGGCGCUUAAUCCCGGAGCCCCAGCCUGUAAGGCCGGCCCUUGCAAGGGGUUAGCGGGCUAGCAAGUUCUCCCAAUCCUGGAGGGUGUAGCCCCGCCUUUGGCUCCGCCCCG